CCUCGCCAGAUGCGACGUCGAGUCAGUACCGCGUCAGUCCUCUAGCGGAAUUGGUCAGUGAUCUGUGUCAGAGCAGGGCCAGUCGUCACUCUCCUUUUCUCCCUGCCGGUUACUCCGUCACUUUUUCCACGUAUUUUCGUUCGGCUCACGUCGAAAUACGAAACGGUGAUUUCACGUGAUUUCCUCGUAUUCGUCGCCUCGAAUCGCGCGGACGCAUCCCCGUUUCGUGGUUGGAAACCAACACAUAUACACCCGGUAUCUGCGUACGUACAGCCGAAGAGUUAGAUACAUGUAUAUAUAGAUAUACAUACGUACAGUAGAUAUACGGUAAUACAGUGCCACAGUGGAGUUACCAGUGGGGAAAACAAAAAUUAGUUUGCAAGCGGACGUGCCUCACGGCGACCGUCGUUCACCACGUUCUGGAUCGGAGGCAGUGGCAGCAGGAACGAUAGGAAAUCGAAAGGAUCGAACACGAAAAGAAAGAGGACCAACAUUGUCGAUUCGGGACACACAGGACGAAAAACAACAAAUGGAGCAUAGAGGCGCGGCGUCCGAUCAGCAGGAGCAUCAGUAGCGAUACUCGAUCGUCGGGGCCCUGAGCGGGCCCUCAGUCCGGGGACGUCGGCAUCGGGGCCCGUGCUCGCGAGAAAGCUGGGCGGCGUUGCAACGCCGCGAUGGCCGCGACUGACGGUCAGAUCGUCGUUGCGGCGGCACGCUGGGCCGAGGAAGCGACGUACUUGCGCGAAUUCGUUUCCAAAUAUCGUCUUCCGGCGGUGAUCAAGAUCACGAAAGGUCAGUACGGUGGCCUGGGUGUCCCGACGCUUCCAGCGCCCAGCCUCCAGAGUACGGCCCUCCUGGUAUCCGCUGGACGUCGGCGAAAGAUCGUCGCGCAAGCGGUGAAGAUCAAGGAGGGACGCAGAGUUGUGGGCGUAGGGCCCAGGCUGGCCAUCCCAGACUCUUAUGCCGGCUACUUCGAGAUACUGAGCGAGGAAGGUAGAGCCGUUCGCGGGAUAGAGUCCGUGAACGAGCUGUGUCGAAGAUGUCCCGAGGAAGGAGCUCUGGUCCGGGAGACGGUACGUGGAAUAGCUUGCAGAGUGGACGACGACUCCGGUAUAGUGGUUCCGGAAGGAACGAGGACCCUAGCUGCCGGGGAGACGAUUGUAACAGCUGGCGAGGUUAGUCUGCCCGGUCGUGGUAGAUUUCUGCGCUGCGUCGACUGUCGAGGAGAGAGCGUCCUCCUGGGUAUGGAGCUGCGCGGACGUUUCAGCGCCCUGGCGCGCGAGGACAAUAUCAGCGGCGUGCACACAGCUCGAGCGUUGCUGAGCAAGCGUUUGCCGUUGACGGUUAGACUGGUGCACGGUCAACCACCGAGGGGAUUGAAGUCAUCGUCGCAAUUCGUCCCGGAGCUGAGGUUGCUAUCGACCUUCGAGGAGGAACACGUGUUUGCCUUGCCGUUACAGAGAGAAGGGGCUGCCGUGGCGUUACCUCUGGCCGCUCCGUUGAAGCUGGUCAAAGCGCGAAACGAGGAAGCUCUCAGAUCGAUGCAGGAGUUCACGAGGCUGGUAGAGCGCGCGUCGCGUCUCGUUGCCGACGUGGCCGAUCGCGCGCACGUGCUGGAUGGCCGACUGGGGGAGAGCAAGCCUUCCAGGCAGACUAGAAGCGGAUCCGGUUUCCUCAGGCGAUCGUCGACCAAUUCGGAUAACGGGCCGCCGAGUCACCACCGGAACAACGCCAGCCAUCACCAUCAUCAUCAUCACUAUCACAGCAAUGGACACCAGGCGUCCUCUGGACACGCGGGCUACCGGGACGAGAAUCGUGUGCCACCGUCCGCUUGCACGGAGGAGUACGACGAGAUCGAUCAGAUUUACGACUAUGUCCGCGGGUUCGCGCCGCUACCGAAGAGCGUCAGGUCCCCUUACGAGAGCCCGUUGCCGGGGGCACAGGGGUCCAGUCCACCUCUGACGCCGGUCACGGUAACGAUCGCCCCUCUGCUCGACGACAGACCAGAACCACCUCCCAUAGAGACCAUACCGACCAAGAAGAUCCAGGCAGAGAAGAGGACCAGACGCGCCGUCAAGGAGGCUCCACAGCCGAGAGCCGAGAAGCCGCCGCUGGCGAAGCUCUACGUGAAGAACAGCGGAACUCAAAGGGGACGUCCUUUGAUGAGGCAGAAGAGCGCGUCGCCAUUGAAAGAAACGCCACCCGGAUACAAGGGUGGAUCUCCGCUUUUUAACAUCAGAUACAAGAGUUUGACGAACCUGCAGCAAGCCAUGGAGCUGGAUGGAACGUUGGAUUCGAGCCAUUCCGGGGGAAGAACAUCGGGGGACUCUGGUGCUGGUGCUAAGCUACCGGAAAAGAGAUCGCGGCGUUUGAGUAGACCACGCUCGCUCACGAAUUUAGUGUGGGAGCUCCGCGGCGGAAGUGGCCUUGGCUGCGCGAGACCAGAAACCCCGCCACCAGCCACAGCAGCACCGUUGCCGCCGACUAAAUGUGGACCACGUUUGGCUGUCACCGUUGUGGCACCCCGGCGUGUUGGCACGCUCUACCUCUAACUCAUUCGAACCGACGAAGGGCUGAAGAAGGCAAAGAGCGGUCCGGAUGGGGCGUCAAGGAUCUCCGAUGUCUUCGAUUAAUCAAAACUCGUAGCCAGAGCUCAAGCAACGAUGGAGGGACGGAUCCAGAGUCCGUCGACGAUCCCACCAUUUGUCCCUUUCUCUUUUUUUUUUUUUUUUAAUUCCUCGCACUCGCGACAGCCAUUCGAAAACCUUUUGAAUCAUUCUCGCAUCGAACCGCGAGAGACGGUUAGAACGAGAAAAGAGCAAGAAUCGCAACAGAUACCGCGUGCUUUCUGUUAUCAGUCGAUUAUCAGUCGAAGAUUUGCAUUCAACUUUCAUCUCGAAGACGAGGCUGUGACGACGCUAACUGGAUGACCUGAAGGAACCGGAAAUGGUACUCGAAAGACGGCGCUCACGACUCGCGAUCUAGCAGCAAGAUCUCUGUAGCUUUAGAGUAGAAUAAAUCUGAAUAUCUGACAUACUUAAUUAAGUAACAGUAGGAAACAAGGUUGAAAAUCGACUCAGGGAACGAUUUUAUAAAAAAAAGAAGAAAAAAAAGAACAAAUUGUAAUCCAGAGGAAUAAGAUAGAUGAAAAUCUGAUUGGUCUUUCGAGUCCUGUUUUUACGUAAACGCGAAGAGACUCGGCGUACGAUUUAGGAAACUCGCUCUACCAAAGUUUGAGCGACUUUUGUAAUUACAGAGAUCUCGAGAAAUUACUGAGAGAUAAUUCGUGGAAAAAUAGAGCUGCGUCGUCUUCGAAACGAGAAGAAUAAUCGAUUGGAUCCAGAACGAUCAAUGAAAACAGUAUCCGAGGAUGGUUUUAUGAAAUUACGAGAUCGCCUCUAAAGGAAGGGAACAAAAAAUAGCGAAUGUAGUAGGCGGUAGAGGAUGAGAGGUGGUCGAUUACGGAAGCGCUUCUCGCGAUGCGGAGAUUGCGAAAAAUCAUCAGGCACACGAUUAGCAGAGAGAUUUACGUUAACACGCGCCGUUAGUUAAUCUAAUAGGGAGCGUAGUUAAGGAUUAUGAAUGCCAUAAUAAUGACUAACUUCUUGUGGUUGUACUUAAGUCAUAACUUUACACUUUACUGUUUACGUUUAAGGCCAAUUAAGUAUGUAAGUUGCAUAAUAUUUCACUAUCGGAGUGUCUUCAAGUUAAUUGCUAGGCAUUUAUUUCUACAUCUUCUUUUGUUUUUUUUUUUUUUUUUUUUUAUUUCAAUGGUUCCCGGUACCGGAAGAUUCCGUGACGAUAGUCGUCGACUCACUGGACAGAGGCUUAAUGAAUUCUGAUCUUUUUUUCCCCUCCUUUCUUUCUCAUUAAAAGGAAACUUCUUUCUGACAGACGUUGUUCACCUUUCGAACGAACGAGAGUUUGACAAAUCACCAGUCAUUUGUCACAGCUCCGGUUCGAGGUUCGACGAAUAUUCUACCUGUUACUCACAGAACAGUGAAAUAUUAACGAAGUACCCUUCCGACUCUCAUUUUUUCAGUCUGGGAUAAUUAUCGAGUAAAAAUUCGGACGGGUAAUCGAUUGGUUUUACAAUUUUUUUCUUCGAUUUACAUUCAUUUCUGCGUCCAGCGUUUCGAACAAAGUCGACGAAGGCCUGUGACACCCGAGAUUGCGUAAAGGAACUGUUUAACAAAUUCUUUAUCGGAAAUCAGGUAUCGAGACCGCCUGUCGGUUAAUGGUCCUGGCCAGACUGCGCGCUCUGGACCUUGGUCUCACAUUUGUGAUUAUUAUUUAAGUAGAUUUUAAGCGUACUUUAGGUUAGGCUAGGCUUUUUACAAUGUUUCUUUAAAAAAAUUUUCCUUUUACUCUUAUUCUUUUUUCAUCGAUGAAAUUUUACGAGCGGAAGUAACCAACGAACCAUGUCGACGAGACGAGUGUAGUUAUAAAUAUUUGAACAAAUAAUAAUGACGAUAGAGCUCGUGAAUAUUCAAAGAAUCAAGCGAGAUAAGAGUUGUGCAUUUAUACGAUUCGAAUAUCCCGCUAUCAUUUUCCUCUCGAUUUCGGAGGAAAGGCAAGAUAGAACCGGAAGAGAAUUCGAUUCAAAUGCUGAUUUGAAAAAUAGUUUCAUAAUAAGAAUACGUUUUAAUCUGUCAUAAUAGUUGUCACAGUUCUCUGUAACAUAAGUUUCACUAGUUGUAAUGUUAAGAAGAUUCUGGAUUCUCAUGAUAAACAUUCUAUUUUGCGUAAUGAAUCCGAGUAAGAAGGCACUCGGUCCCCUUUACGAUGGAACUCUGUGCGCUAUAAUCGUUCGUAAAACGAAGACGAAUAUUUCGUAUAUCGACGUUCGCCGAGAUUUUGCCAGGAGAACAGAUUGCAAUGCUGCCAGUGUUUAGCGCGUAAAACUCCCUACUUUUUUCCUUUUUCCACUCGACCAUCUUAUAUGAUAUAAUAUCCAUAUUUUAUCCUAUACAUAACCUUGUCCUUCUUUCCUCGUGUCCUUUCUUCGUUAAGUCUAGUUCUUUACAGGGCAUUGGGUGUAUCAUUGUCCGCGUCCUCAUGUUGCGCCUGAUUGACGUAAAACGAUGUUUCAGCAUCACAAGGCGGCACGUCGGUUUUCAUCAUACGAUUCGUGUUUUCAUGGCGAAAUACUCGAUGCGUAAGGGUCGAGGAUCGUUGUGCCUUCGAAUGCACGCGUUCGAAUGAUACGUUUAUCGAUCGUAAGAACAGACAUCCACUUUGUGAUUUCGUAAGCAGUUGUUCAAUGUUUUUUUUAUACUUUCCUUAAUGCUUAUCUAGGAUAGCUUGUGUACCCUAAAGAGUGUUUCAAUAAAAGUGACAAUGAAAUCAA